GGCAAGCAAUGGCGCCGAAGAGUUUCACCAUCCCUCUCUUGCUCCUCCUGCUGGGACUCGGGUGCAUUGCGCAGGAUGACGACCUGAGCGGUCGUAACAAAGGCUGCGUUUGUGGCUAUCCCGGCAUCCCCGGGGACCCGGGCCACAACGGAGCGCCGGGAAGAGACGGCAGGGACGGACUCCGAGGCGAGAAAGGGGAUACGGGUGGAAUUGGUGCAGCGGGACCGACUGGAAAGGAUGGACAAAAGGGGGACACGGGAGAACCUGGUGCACUCGGUCCAGCAGGGCUCAAAGGGAAACGGGGGGACAAUGGAGACCCUGGGCCACCUGGGAAAGUGGGCCCCCAAGGAGUUGACGGACCCGCCGGUCUGAAAGGAAAUAAAGGCGAAUUUGGGUUACCCGGACUCCAGGGACCCAAAGGUGAAGAAGGGAUUUCUGGACCACAGGGUCCAAAGGGGGAAACGGGUCUUCGUGGGGACCGAGGCAUUCAGGGGCCGAUCGGACCUCCGGGUAGGCCGGGGCCAAAAGGGGAAUUGGGCGCUCCUGGUCACAAAGGCAGCGUCGGCUACCGGGGGGACCGGGGGUCUCGAGGAGAAAAGGGCGAGCAGGGAGACGCUUGUGUCAUCUCCAGGAGCGCUUUCUCCGUGGGACUCACCGCGCAGAGCAAACUCCCGACCGGCCAGACGCCAAUCCGGUUCGACAGGAUUAUCUACAACCAGCAAAAUCAUUACGAUCCCCAAACCGGAAGGUUCACAUGCUCGGUGGCCGGCGCGUACUUCUUCACCUACCACAUCACGGUCUUCUCCAGGAACGUGAAGGUGGCACUGCUGAAGAACGGCGCCAAGGUGAUCCACACGGCCGACAGCUACCAGAGCGGUGAGGACCAGGCGGCCGGGGGGGCCGUGCUGCACAUGGAGCCCGGAGACAAGGCGUGGCUGCAGGUAGUCGGGGGGGAGCUCUUCAACGGGCUCUUCGCGGACGAAGACGACGACACCACGUUCUCCGGGUUCCUGAUAUUUGGCGCUUGAUAUUGAGCGGAGCGGCUUGUAAGGGAUAAUGAAAGAAAAGGUAGAAUUAUGACUGUUAGUAAGUUGAAACAAUAAUAAAAAGACAAAAUAGAGGAAUGAAAAAAUGUUAUCAAGGGUACAAAUCAGUUCAACUCGACCUU